AUGACAAGAACCGCCAUAGAUAACCUUAUUUACAUUGAUGACUACAUUGACACUGUCGAAGCGUUGCAAAUUGAUCUUCAAAAAAAUUUUACGCUUCUCAAAGAAAUGGAUGGAUACGCUCAAGAUUCAAAUGCUAUCACAGCAAAAGCAGCUAUUGAUUUGAUUGAUAAUAUCGAUGAGAUUGAUGCUAAUGAAAGAUUCAUUCAGCUAAAAGCAUUGGUGUCUCUGCUCGAAGAAACAGCACAAAGAAGCAGCGAGAAAGCAGCUCUAGCUAAAUUGACAUCGGACGCAGUGGACCGUCAUUGCAACCGUUUAGAUGCAGAUUUAGUAAAGUUCGAAGAGACACAGCCUAUAGGCACAUUACGUAUUGCUUCCUUACCAGGGUUGACACCUUCCUCCCGAAGCUUACGUGAAUACUCGAAACUAUCGUCGAAAGAGAAGAUAUCCAAAAAGAUUAGCGAGAAAUCUCAAUCAGCAAAGAAGAGAAGAGUGGUGAAGGAUGAUCUAAAUAUACCACGAGUACUCAAAGAACAAGCGAGAAGCCGAACUUCGCAGGACAAAGGAAAACCCAUCAAAGCACUACCCUCUAGAAAAAAUAACGGCAAACCCAAAUCAUCUGACUCGGAGCCAAUUGAUCCAAAUGAGCAACUGUAUUGCUAUUGCCAGCAGGUUUCCUUUGGAGAAAUGGUUGCUUGCGACAACAAAGAGUGUGAUGUAGAAUGGUUUCAUAUCGCCUGUGUGGAUUUAAAAACUGUACCAAAGGGAAAAUGGUAUUGCGAUAAUUGUAGUAAAUACAAAGGAAAGCAAAGAAGAGCCUAA